AGAAGGCGGGAGCAGCAGUUACAAUGAAAAAAACAAGGAUCAAGAGAGAAACCUCUUCAAAAACUCAGGAUGAAUUAAUUUAAUGGGAGCCCUCUUUCACCCAGAAAAGCAUGGAGAGUGUGCACCAGCAAGGGGCGUUGGGGUCUGAGGAUCCUGGUUCUUAAUGUGUUUGGAAGCGGCGUCCUCAAAGAAGAUAAGGACAGAAGACAAAGGGCACCAAAGGCGUCUUUACGUCUUCGGAUGGCUCACAGGAGGCUGACCCUUGAACCUUGCAGCAAUGAGAAUGGGCUUUCGGCGGCAAACAAAGUCCCUAGAUCCAUCGGAGGCAGCAUUAAGGACAAGAUUUCUCUUUGGGAGGAAAAGGAACCGUCAAAGACGACAAAAAAGCAGAAUGAGGACCAUACAGAAAAUGGCGGAAGAGUGGUUAAAGAUACUGUCAGGAAAUGUGUAGCGAGAGAGAGAUUAGAAAUAAAUACUACAGGCAUUGAGGAACUGAAAGAAAGUGUGGAGCAUCUCAGGGAUUCAAGACCGUGUUCGCCCAAUGACAACCAGGGGAAGAAAGCGGUCUUCACGCUUUUUAAAAAGCUGGACGCCAUGGGUGACGGAAAAGCUCCUCCAGAGCUGGGGAACUACUUCAGCCCACCGAGAAAAGACCAGCAAGCAAGACGGAAAGACCUGAGCGAGUCUUCUGGAAAACCAGAAGGACAGCAGCAGGAGAACGUGUAUACGGAGCCCGUUAACCCAGUCCCUAAACCAGAACGCACCUUCCAGCAUCCGGUCCUUAGGAAGCAGAGGAACUUACCACCGCUGCCCAAAUCAUCCUCAAGACGCCCACCUGGCGCUAACAACAACAACAGGAAACCACUUGAGUGUGAGGAGGCCCUAAGUUCAAAUAGUCGCCCUGUGCCACUGACUCAGGAGCAUCACUAUGAAGACAUCCUGGCGCAAUUGUGGCCGUCGAGGAUCCCUGCUGCCCCCUGUUGGCGUGGAAUGUGUAAUUAUUAUCCAUUCGCAGAGAGCCCAUAUGAAGACAUCGAGUUGGAGAGUCAGUGCUCCCAGCAGUCUCUGCCGUCCUCUCCUGGUGCAGACACAAGCAAGGUUUCAAGACCAGGCUUCUUUAGACAGAAUUCCGGUCGGAGCUUCAAGCUGCUGGAUCUGCGUCGGCCCGCCCAGCAGACCCAUGGUAGCGGCGGUGUUCCAUCUCCACUCCAGCUCAGCCCCACGUCCGUCCCACCCGAGCCUGGACCUGGGCUGUCCGGGGAGUCCUACGGCCGUCCGUGUCGUAGGACACCAACAGUGGUGCUGAGGAUCAACAGCAUCUUUGAGGCUCGGAUUGGGAAGAAACACCUCAGGAGGAUUUAUCAAUAUGCUGAGACCAGCUCAGGGAGAGCAACCGAUGAAAACAGCGACUCGGAGAGCGAGUUUGAAGAGCGAGCCAAAGCCCAUCGCCAGCGUCUGGUCUCAGUCCAGUCCAUCCUGAGUCGGCCAAGCCCCACUCAGGUCCAGUACAACGCCGGGAGAGGCUUUCUGGACAAGAACCACCGCCAGCUCUUUGAGUACUUCCUGGUUGUGUCACUGCAGAGGUCAAAAGCCGGCGGUCCUUAUGUGCCGCAGGUCACCCAGCAGUUCCCCCUGAAGUUGGAGCGAAACAUCAAAUUUAUGAAGGAGACGGAAGAUCAACUAAGGAUUAUUCCCAAAUUUUGCUUCCCAGAUGUCAAAGACUGGGAGCCCGUGGAGAGCUACACAAGUGAAAAGUUCUCCUUUGUAUUGACCGGAGAGGAUGGCAGCAGACGCUUUGGAUACUGCAGACGUUUACUGCCUAGUGGGAAAGGAAAACGUCUGCCAGAGGUCUACUGCAUUGUUAGUCGUCUUGGCUGUUUCAACCUGUUCUCUAAGGUAUUGGCUGAGGUGGAGAGGCGCAGGGCUCUGUCUCCUGCUCUGGUGCAGCCCUUUAUGCGAGCCAUCAUGGAGGCUCAGUGUCCGGCUCCGGGCAGAACCAUCACCAUCAAAACUUUUCUCCCCGGCUGCGGCACCGAGGUGAUGGAGCUGUGCCGGCCGUCCGACUCCCACUUGGAGGAUGUGGACUUUGAGUGUCUUUUCUCCUGCCUAAGUCUGAGACUUCUUCUCAGGGUUUUUGGUUCCUUGCUACUGGAGCGCAGGGUCAUCUUUACUGCUGACAAACUAAGUACCCUGUCUCAGUGCUGCAAUGCCGUGGUGGCGCUCCUCUACCCUUUCGCAUGGCAGCACACCUACAUCCCCGUGCUCCCUUCCGCCAUGCUGGACAUCGUGUGCACCCCCACCCCUUUCAUCAUGGGCCUUCUCUCCCCGUCCUUGCCGCGGCUCGCUGAUCUACCCCUGGAGGAGGUUCUGGUUGUGGAUCUCAUGAAGAGUCGGAUUGUAAAACAGCUGGAGGAUGAAGACUGCAUCCUGCCUCCUAAACUUCAAUCCGCUCUGGAGAAUGUUCUGGAGAGGAGACGAGAGCUCGCCAACGACCAUCCUAGCACCCUUGUGUCCGAAGCCUUUGUGCGCUUCUUCGUGGAACUGGUAGGACACUAUCCUCUCUUCUUCUUCGAGGACGAAGCCUCCUCCUUCCGAGGGUCCCCCGUCCCUUUCUCCUUCCAGCGGGAGGCCUUCCAGAAGGCCGUGCCCUCAAAGACAGUGCGGCGUUUCCUGGAGGUCUUCAUGGAGACGCAGAUGUUUGGAUGGUUCAUACAGGAACGGGAGGUCCAAGGGCCCAUCCUGCGAGGGCUUUUUGAAGUAAGGGUGCAGGAGUAUCUGGACACCAUCCAUGAGAGUGAACACAGAAGGAUUAACCGCUUUCUCAAAGGCUUGGGGAACAGAAUGAAGUUUUUAUCCAAGAAAUAAAGAAUGGAGGCAACGCUGGCUGUAUUAUGGAUGCACGUUAGCAACAUUGCACUGAAAAUAUCACCAUCAAAAGUGUUGCUAUUUAAGAAAAUAAAUAAUACAUGUUGGGUGUUUUGAAUAAAACAGUAUUUGUUUGAAAUCAUGAAAUUAAUUAAUCUAAUUUAGAUUAUAUAAAAAAAAGUCAUAGUUAGCAGAAUCCACAAGGGGGCAGUAGUAGUUUGUCACAGUCAAGCCCAUCUUUAGGAACACACAAGAUACUUGAAAAAUGUAGUAAGCUCAGCUGCAAGUUACUUUUGAUUAAAUGUAGCUAAGUUACAAGAGAAUAUAUUUCCAGUAAAUUGUAGCAAGCUCCACUACAAGCAAAUGUAGCUUGCUACAUCAAAGCUACAUAUAUCAUGACCCCCCAUACCAGGGCUACCAGUUUGAUACACACUUUAAUAAAUUGCCAAAAAUAGACAAUUUGCUCAAUUUAUCCGUGUGUUCAUUUAUUAAUUUAAUUUAAUGUGAUUUUAGUAAUUUAAUUUAUUUUUUCUAUGUAUUGUUUUUGUUUUUUACUUGAUAGGCAAGUAAAUACUGUGCAUAGAGUUGGAUGCAAUAAAUGUUGCACAUGCUACAUUA